GGAUGCUGAUGUCGGCCGGGGGCUGCUGCUGUGAGGCGCUUGGUAACACCCCGGUCUUGAUACUCUCCAGUUACCCGGUAGGCGGGGCUCGGACACAAAGAAAAGAGAUCUUUGGGGGCUUGGAUGAAGGAACAGGAAAAGAGGAGCCAGGCUUUUUUGGAAAAUUGGCGGCGGUGGUGGCAUACGGGAAACUGAAAUCUUUAUCUAAUCUCAUCCUUUGUAUAUUCAUCUUGGAUUUGUUGAAGAAAAUUAAAAGGCAAGGCCUACCACUCCUAUGGCACAGUAUUGAUGAGAGACAUCAGUGGAGCUCCCCACCUCCACCCCAGGCUUGGAACUUAGGGAAUGACUGGUUUUUGUCAUUUCACACAACAGCUGAAGGAUUCUGUCCCCACCUCGUCCUCUGUGAAGUCUGCUGGACGUACCUGCCAGAAUCUUCUGAAGAUGACGUUUGCUGAACACUGACCCACAGGGGUUUGAUGGAUUAUUGACAAUGAGACAAGCUGUCUUUUCAUCAAUCAGAGAUUCCAGUUGUUUCAGGUCAAUUUCCCAAGACUUCUCUGGCUGGAGAGAAAGAAAGGAUGAGACUAAGAUGAUUCUGAAACAUUUAGGGGGAAUCCUCACUUAUCUCAAGGGUCCAAUGUAAGCAAUAAAGUCUGUCUCUGGCUUCAACCACCA